AUGGCCGCCACCCACACCACAGACCGCCGCCAAGUUCUGCAGGCGUUCGACGACACCAAGGCUGGCGUCAAAGGCCUCGUCGACGCCGGCGUCAGGACCGUCCCGCCAAUUUUCCACCACUCUCCCGAUCCCCAUCCCACUUCUUCCUCCUCGGCCACCAUCCCGGUCAUCGACCUCUCGGCCCGCCGGUCCGAUGUGCUCUCCCAUUUGAAGGCUGCAGCGGAGACAGUGGGCUUCUUCCAGUGGGUGAACCAUGGCGUGUCAGCCGGCCUCCUCGCCGAGAUGCUCGAGUCCAUCCGCCGCUUCCACGAAUCGCCGAAGGAGGCCAAGGCGCCGUACUACACACGCGACCUCACCAAGAAGCUCCAGUUCAACUCCAAUUUCGACCUGCUUCAGUUGCCGGCGGCCAACUGGCGCGACACCCUCUUCUGCCGAGCGUUCCCGGACCCGCCAGGGCAGGGCGAGCUCCCGCCCGCCAUGCACGGCGUCCUGCCAGAGUACUCUGGCGCGGUGCGCAGGAUCGCGGUGGCGGUGCUGGAGCUGCUGGCGGAGGCGCUCGGGCUGGCGCCAAACCGGCUGGAGGAGAUAGGGUGCGCGGAUGGCGUGAGCGUGGUGGGCAACUACUACUCGCCGUGCCCCGAGCCUCACCUCACCCUAGGCACCAGCCGGCACUCCGACCCGUCGUUCCUCACCGUGCUCCUCCAGGACUACGACAUUCCCGGCCUCCAGGUGCUCGUCACGGACAACGGCGGCGAGGAGGAUAAGCGCCAAUCGGUUCGGGUGGUCGUGCCUCCGGUGCCUGGCGCGCUGGUGAUCAACGUGGGCGACCUGCUGCAGCUGGUGAGCAACGGGAAGCUGAGGAGCGUGGAGCACCGGGUGGUGGCCUACGGCAGAGCCAGGGUCUCCGUGGCGGCAUUCGUCACCGCCAACCUGAAUGCGACGACGGCAAAGGUGUACGGUCCCAUCGAGGAUCUGCUGUAUUCGUCGGCGCCGCCGCUGUACCGGAGCAUCACCAUGCCGGAGUUCCUAUCCCACUACAACGGCAAAGGCCUCGACGGGGGCCCGGUGCUCGAUUAUUUCCGUCUUCCUCACCCCUGA